GCAGCAGAUCAGCUGCUUUCCUCGCUCCUCAUAAAAGCGGCUCUGUGACAUUUGGGUUUAGUUCAGCCGGAGAUUCUUACGCACACACACACUCACACACACACACACACACACGCACGCAGGUUUGACAGGUUCACGAUGGGACUGACAAGCGACCCAAACUUCCAGAAUCUGGAGAAAUGGUACAAAUCAAACGCCGCGAGUCUCAACAUGAGGCAGAUGUUCGAGGCCGAUAAAAACCGAUUCCAAAACUUAAGUUUAACUUUAAAAACAGAUGAAGGAGACAUUUUGCUGGAUUACUCCAAGAACCUCGUAAAUGAAGAGGUUAUGAAGAUGCUUGUGGAGCUGGCGAAGUCUCGUGGUGUGGAGGCCUCCAGAGACAAGAUGUUUUCAGGAGAAAAGAUUAAUUUCACUGAGGGUCGUGCUGUUCUCCACGUGGCUCUGAGGAACCGCUCAAACACACCCAUAAUCGUGGACGGGAAAGACGUAAUGCCGGAGGUCAACCAGGUCCUGGAGAAGAUGAAGGGCUUCUGUCAUAAAGUCCGCAGUGGCGAGUGGAAGGGAUUCACUGGGAAAUCCAUCACUGAUGUGGUUAAUGUCGGCAUCGGUGGAUCUGAUCUGGGUCCAUUAAUGGUGACCGAGGCCUUGAAGCCGUACUCUAAAGGUGGACCUCGUGUCUGGUUUGUGUCUAACAUCGAUGGAACACACAUCGCUAAGACUCUGGCUGAACUCAACGCUGAGACCACACUCUUCAUCAUCGCAUCGAAGACAUUCACGACCCAGGAAACCAUCACAAACGCUGAAUCAGCGAAGGAGUGGUUCCUGCAGGCCGCCAAAGACAAAUCUGCAGUGGCCAAGCAUUUCGUGGCACUCUCAACCAACGGACCCAAAGUGAAGGACUUCGGCAUCGACCCGGAGAACAUGUUUGGGUUCUGGGACUGGGUCGGUGGACGAUAUUCGUUAUGGUCUGCAAUUGGUCUGUCCAUCGCACUUCACAUCGGAUACGAGAACUUUGAGAAGCUGCUGGCUGGAGCUCACUGGAUGGACACUCAUUUCCGCACGGCUCCUGUGGAUCAGAACGCUCCCAUGCUGCUCGCUCUCCUGGGGAUCUGGUACAUCAACUUCUUCCAGGCGGAGACUCACUGCCUGCUGCCGUACGAUCAGUACAUGCACCGCUUCGCUGCCUACUUCCAACAGGGUGACAUGGAGUCGAAUGGAAAGUACAUCACUGCUGAUGGUAACCGGGUGAACUAUCACACCGGGCCGAUCGUAUGGGGUGAACCGGGAACAAAUGGACAGCACGCUUUCUAUCAGCUAAUUCACCAAGGAACUCGUAUGGUUCCUGCUGACUUCCUCAUUCCUGCCCAGUCCCAACAUCCAAUCAGAAACAACCUCCACCACAAGAUCCUGGUGGCAAACUUCCUGGCGCAGACGGAGGCGCUGAUGAAGGGAAAGACCACAGAAGAGGCAAAGAAAGAGCUGGAAGCCGGAGGACUGAGCGGAGAGAAGCUAGAGACAAUUCUGCCACACAAAGUUUUCCAAGGAAACAAGCCGACAAAUUCCAUCAUCUUCAGAAAGUUGUCUCCGUACACUCUGGGUGUUCUGAUUGCCAUGUACGAGCACAAGAUCUUCAUUCAGGGCGUCAUGUGGGAAAUAAACAGUUUUGAUCAGUGGGGAGUGGAGCUCGGGAAACAGCUGGCAAAGAAGAUCGAACCGGAGCUUCAGGAUUCGGCGGAGGUCACUUCUCACGAUUCAUCCACCAAUGGCCUCAUCAACUUCCUCAAGAAGAACUUCGCUUGAAUCAACCACGAAGAGAAGCUUCACCUUAACCCAGAAUCACCUGCCUUGAAACUUUAACGUACUGUAGUGUCAUUUUAACUGACAAUUACCACUUGCUUUUAUUUGUUAAACUAAUGCAUAAUAAAAAUACUAAAAUGCUAAA